AGACAUAAACCGAAAUGAUGUUGCGUCUCAGGUGACAAGGAGGGGCUGCGCCCUCCAUACCUCUGCAGAGCGCGCACUUCCGGCACUGUCCACUGCACAUAUAUAAAGCCGUAAAAACGGACCCUUCCUGAAACACUCAAAGUUUGCAAAGCGCAGGAACUGCCUCAGCCUUUUCUCUCCCCGUUGCAGUGCUGGAGCUUUGGAUGAGACACAAGCAGAAGGCACAAUUUCGCAGUAAAAGAAGCAUCUUGGAAUCGGGACGUUCUGCCUCCAGCGUGUUAGAACACCAAACAUGAAACUUCAGCUGUUUGCCAUAGACUUGAUAUUCCUGUGCAUUUCGUGCGGAGCAAGUGCGCUGGCAUCGAGUAUCCCCGCUGCGUCCUCGCCAGGUGCCAAUGUCACCAGUGGCGCAGCGCGCACCGGCGGUGGAGACGCGUCAACUCUACCCAAAAGCAGGAGGAAGCGUUACAUCAGUCAGGACGACAUGAUCGCCAUCCUUGAUUACCACAACAAGGUCAGAGGCAGAGUGUUUCCUCCGGCAUCUAAUAUGGAGUACAUGGUAUGGGACGAAACCUUAGCAAAGACWGCAGAGGACUGGGCUCACGCCUGCCUGUGGGAGCACGGACCACCUCACCUCCUCAGGUUCCUGGGCCAAAACCUCUCAGUCAGAACCGGACGCUACCGAUCUAUUCUUCAGCUGGUGAAGCCCUGGUAUGAUGAGGUGAAAGAUUACUCCUUCCCUUACCCCCGCGACUGCAACCCCCGUUGCCCUCUCAGGUGCUACGGACCCAUGUGUACUCACUACACACAGAUGGUGUGGGCAACAUCUAACAAGAUUGGCUGUGCCAUCCACACCUGCUACAACAUGAAUGUAUGGGGGUCGGUGUGGAAAAGGGCAACAUAUUUGGUCUGCAACUAUUCCCCCAAGGGGAACUGGAUCGGAGAGGCUCCUUACAAAGUUGGUGUUCCCUGCUCCGCAUGCCCUCCCAGCUACGGGGGCUCUUGCAGCAACAACAUGUGCUUCCCAGCGCUCAAGACAAACUACCUGCACUGGUUCAAAUAAACACAGGCUUCCUCUCAACAUAAGCUGACAAUCUAUAGUACCACAGAGACGAUGUUUUAAUCAAGUAAGGAUUUGCACAUCAGCCAAGCACCACACUAUUUUGUAUAUAUGGGCUUAUUUAAGGAGAGAACCCUUCAUUUGAAAGCAUGAAGCAAUUUGGUAACUUCUAAAUAAAUUGUAAAUUAUUAAUUAUAUUUUUGUCAGAUUGCUAUAAUCAUGAUUAAUAAUAAAACACAUAGGAACUAUAUUUAAGUAGCAAAUGGGUUCUUCUAAUACUGCGUACUGUUUUUGUGGUGCUGCCAAGACAUUUUUUUAAACUAUUAUUCAUUUACCGCCACAGACAAGGUGGUGAUUAAGGUUGCUACAACUCCUCAUGUCUGCUCACUUUGGUGCUACGGGCAUCACACCUUUCUGCUGUGUGCUCUGCCCUCACAAGAAUGUUCAAAUCAAACAGGAUCAAAAGAAUCACAGCUUUUGACCUCAGAGGGAAACCUCCACUGGCUGCGUCAACUUUAUUUUCACUCUCAAGCCGAYGCCGGUUUUGUACUUUAAGAAAUAGCGACUGCUGGACAUGGGCACCAGUGACCCCCCGUGACCCAGAUAGGAAAAGCUGGUAUAGAAAAUGAAUGGGUGGAAAAUGGUUAACGGCAACUAGCUAAAGGCUGCUCAGACUGCGGCUCGUUUCGGAGUCUAUUUCCAAAUCUUUGCAGCAGUUUAAGUGAAGACUUUGUUGAGAACACUUCGUCUCUUUUGCAUUAGAUAACAUAGAUGUUUGUGUUUUUGUAAUCAGAAAAUUUUGCUGCUAAAUGGAACUUGAUCAAUAUUAUUGCGUGAAAAAUAAUGCAGAUUAAAAGUUCUAAUGUAGUUCUCAUAUAAACUGUUACAAAACUUUUGAGGUUGGAAGUUGUUUUAGAUGAAAGAAUACAACUCAGUCCUGAGUUUAGUUGCCAUUAGCCAUUUUCAAACUGAUAUUGCUGAGAUUCCUGUAUACUGCAGGUAAAUUACUCACUGAUAACUACUCAACUUCAAAAAUUCCAAGCUGUCAGUUUAAAGGGGACAUAUCAUGCAAAAUCCACUUUUUUAGCCUUUAAAAGCAUUUUGUUAUGGCGCAGUAAGA